UCUCUAGAUGAAACCUGUUCAUCCAGUCAGGCUGAGAGGAGAGGCAAUACGCUCCCCUCCCCCUCCUUCUCCUUCUCCUUCGUCUCUUCCUCUCCUCCUCUUCCUCUCCUCCUCGUGAGUGCGGAGGUGUCCUCAGCGUUCCCUCUCAGUCUCCGUGUGACUCAGCUGCUGGAGCCUCUAGAUCCAAGAGGAGGAACGCCAUCCGGAACACAGCCAGGCUCUGGUGGGGGGUCAGGGGGAACCGGCAGACCGGACCGGAGGGAGACCAUGGCCGCCGUGCAGACCUGGGCCUGCGUCCUGCUCUGGGUCAGCCUCGCCACGCAGGACGGGACGCCAGACGUCGAGGUGACCUGCAUCGUCUCGGAGGAGUGCUUGCUGCCCUGCAGCUUCCAGCCGGGCAGCAAGGAGACCAUCGAGUGGUUCAGACAGGAAGUGAUGGUGUACAAGUUCGAGCGGAAAGAUGGCGGCGGCGCCACCAGUGACAGCAGCGAAGAGGAGGAGGAGGAGGAGGAGGAGGAGGAGGAGGAGGCGCCCUCCGUCACCCGACAGUGGAUUUCGCGUGGGAACGCCACGCUGCACCUCAGGAGCAGCAGCCUGAAGGACCGAGGCACCUACAGGUGUCACGCGCUCACCGCGGAGGUCGAACACAACGCCAAGGUCAUCGUGAAGGUCGCAGCACCCAUCCGAGGCCUGUCCCUGGAGCUGUCCCGGCUGAGCGGCUACGAGGAGAUGAAGUGCACGGCCCAGGGCGUCUACCCGGCGCCGCGGGUCACCUGGGCCACCGAGCCGCCGACCUUCGUGGCCCUGCGGCCCGUCACGCGCAUGAUGGCCGACAAGCAGGGCCUGUACAGCGUGGACAGCCGGCUCAAGACGCUGAGCGGGCAACCUGACCUCGUCUACAUCUGCAAGGUCACGACCUCCUACGGGGGUCCGGCCUGGACCUCCUCGCUCAGGGAGAGAGGGGGGCGGAGCUCGGCGGAGGAGCCCUCGUCCUAUUGGUGGACGGCGGGGCUGGUGGCGGGGCUGGUGGUGGGCCUACUGGCGCUCGCCGUGGUCGGCCUGCUGGUCUACCUGAAGCUGAAAGGAGGCGCCGCGAAGCCCAGGACCGACCCCGAGGAGGCGACGGAGCUGCACCGGGUCAAAGACUCCACGGCCGACAGCCGCCUGCUGGCGGCGGGUGUUGAGCGUCGGGCCUCAGGCGUCUCUCACUGGCGGAUGUCUCUGUGGGACAGCGUCGCGUUCUUAGGGUUCCUGACCGUCGUCAGGACGACCAACGGAGCAGAUGCUGUGGCCUGUGUCCUGGGGGGCAGCUGCAUCUUACCGUGCAGCUUCCCGCCCGGAGGGGAAGAGCUUCUGCACUGGAUCCAGCAGGUGGAACCGGAACGCAAGGUCCACUCCUUCUACCGCGGCCAGAACCAGCUGGAGCUGCAGGACCGGGCCUUCAGAGGCCGGACCUCGCUGGUCAGGGACCAGAUCUCCGGGACAGGAACCGCCUCGCUGCGGCUGACCGGGGUGCAGGUUCAGGACCAGGGCCGGUUCAAGUGCUACACCAGCACCAGCACCGGCACCAAGGAGUCCUUCUACCAGCUGAACGUGUACGCUCCGGUGCGUAAAGUCGACAUGCAGCAGCUGGAGGACAGGAUCACCUGCAGCUCCCAGGGGGUCUACCCUGAACCUACGCUCACAUGGACCACCAAGCCUCGGUCCAACGAGACCCUCCAGAACCGAACCAGCGUCCAGCGGACUGAGCAGCAGUUCUACAGCAUCAACAGCUCUCUGGAGGAUCCAGAUCCUGGUCUGGACUACAGCUGCACCGUCAGCACUGCACUGAGCCACAGGACAGCCACGUGGUUCCGACCCACCUCCAUCAACGGCUCACACACUGAAGCCACCAUCGCCUGCAGGUCCUCCGACAGGCCUCCAACGGGCCUCACCUGGAGGUUCAACCACAGUCAGAUCAUCCUGAACCGGACCGGCACCGUCGUCACGGUCUCAGAGGCCUGGAGGCCGCAUGUGAAGAACGGUUCUGAGCCCAAGAACCUCACGCUGGAGGCCUUGUCUCCACGGCAGGAGGGGCUCUACAGCUGUGAGCUCCACGAUGCUGAGGAGAGCUUCACGAGCAGCUUCUCUCUGAAGCUGGAGGCUGCAGGUCAGCAGCAUGACGUCAUCGUAGAGAUUAUAGAUUAUAGAUUAUAG